GCAGCCACGUGCACGGCAUGUACCUGCACGCCGACGGCGACGGCCGUGGCGUCUCCCUCGGCCACCGCCGGGAUUCGGUGAACGUGGCGUGGGCGGUGCACGUGUACAACGUCCAGGCGCAUUACGUACUCCUCCAGAGCGCCGCCUACGGCCGCUACCUCGCCGCCACGGUCAUGCCGGCGCCCCGUGGCCAGCGCGGGCUCCGCGUCGUUCAGCGCAACCACUACCAUCCGGAGGUGGGACAGAUGGCCUGGCAAGCCUACAGAUUCGGGUUCGAGGAAGACGUCCUGCUCCGCGACGCCGCCGGCGGCCGCUGCCUCCGCGCCAACGGGAAGUACCUCCCCUGGAACAAUGGCGUCAGCGUCGACGGCAUCGACAACUUCAGCACGAUGAUGCACUGGGUCGUGGAGCACAUCCCUGCCGGGGAGAACAUUCCUCGCCUCCCAUGACCGACCGGGCUCCCCCUCCCUGAAAGCCUGAUCAGACGGUUGCCGUCGCGGGUGAUCCUGUGCGCGCGGGCUGCCGCCGACGGGACCCGCUUCGGCCACGUCCCGUUCAUGUUCAGGGGGAGGUCCGUAUUCCGCCUGAGGAGCGAGCUGGCCAGGCGGCUGGCUGCCGUCGUGGACGUCCCCAACCUUGUCAUGUGCUUCCCCACACGUGAUGGCCGGCUGUUUCCCCUCCUCGUCGACCUCCUGCCCAGCAGCGGCCCGCUCUUCCACAUCGUCGUCGUCUCGGCCGGGACGCCAUCCCAUGCCGAGCUGCGGUACCCGGAUGUCGAUGCAUAGUAGAGAGCUACCAGAGCCAGGACCCCUAGAAGUCGCCUUACUGCUCACAUCUUCGGAAGUGUUGAUGCCUCAGACACGACGACAUGACAACCCAGCAGUUGUUGCUUUUCAGCUAAACUUCGUCCGUUCUCUUAGCAGUAUAUGAACCUAUUUGUGUUGGCAUUACCGUUCUGAAAUUCCAAAACUGUUCGAACGGAGCUAAACCGUGCGGUGAAAUUAGUCUGUAAAUGCCUUGUAAAUCAGCUCAGCUUAACAGUGAGUUUUGUUAUUCU